GGGUGUCAGUAAAACUGCUCUCUUGGACCUCCAGAGGUCAGACUUUGAGUUGUUCAGGGCACUGGUAGGGAGCGUCUCUUGGGAGCCAGUCCUGAAGGGCGGAGGGGUCCAGGAAGGCUGGACCCUCCUCAAGAAGGACGUCUGAAAGGCCCAGGAGCAGGCUGUCCCCGUGUGCCACAAAAUGAGCCGUCAGGGAAGAAGACUGGAAUGGCUGAACAGGGAACUUCUGCUGAGUGUCCAGGAGAAAAAGAGAGUUUAUGUCUGGUGGAAGAAGGGGGUGGAACCUCGGAGAGAGUACAGGGAAGUUGUCAGCUGUGCAGAGAAAAAAAAAAAAUCAGGAGGGAUCUGGCCAGGUUGGGCCGAUGGGCAGAGGCCAGUGGGAUGAGGUUUAACACGGCUCAGUGCCAGGUCCUGCACGUUGGCCACAACAACCCUGUGCAGUGCUACAGGCUUGGGGCAGUGGCUCAAAAGCUGUGCUGAGGAAAAGGAUCUGGGGGUGCUGAUUGAUGUUUGCCUCAACCUGAGCCGGCAGCGUGCCCAGGUGGCCAAGAAGGCCAACAGCAUCCUGGCUUGUCUCAGGAAUAGUGCAGCCAGCAGGAGCAGGGAGGUGAUGGUCUCCCCCUGCACUGUGCUCUGGUGAGGCCGCUGUUUGAGGGGUGUUUGUAGGCUGCUCAGCAGAGCUUGGAUAUAAAUUUGUGGCCUUUGGCAGAAAGGAAGACUUCGAAAGUGGCAUGGAAGACUGGUCCUUUAACUUCUUCCUUCUUGGAAAGAAGGAAGAAUCUGCAUGUGGCUGCUCCCCUCGCAGCUGACACUUGUCCGGCUCCAUGGGCCCUGCACCCAUGGACACGGGGCCCCUGGGGUUGUUCCUCCGCAGGUGCAGGACCUCCCAAAAUCCUCCCAAAGCUGCUGGGGGAGCGGGCAACGUGCAGCAAGGCAGGAGCAGGCCAUUGCAGCCAUCGUGCUACCAUGCAGGGUGCUGCCUCGCACGGGACCCACCUUUAAUUACUGUCUGAUCUCUGCACAGAAGGGAAGUUAUUUUAAGGUUGGGCCCUCCUGCUGCAGGCUCAGAGCCCCAGCUCGCGCGGCUGCCUGGCCACAGGACACGACCCAAGGCCACCCAGCCCUGAGCACGGCACCGUGCCCUGUGCCACGCUGGGACUCGAUGUUGACAGGUAACAACUAUUGCAACAGUCGUGUUGCAAAGAGCAACACAUGGAGCGCGACCCGCCUGUUGAUCCCAAAACACGGGCUCCCCACGCUGUUGGGGAUCAGCUGAGCCCACAUUAGCAGCCAGGGUGCAGAGGAGGUGACAGCCCCCAGCCACGGGGGGAGAAGUGGAGGCGGACACCUGGGGACGCAUCUGGGUGACCCGGGCUGUGGGGCUCCACGCCCGGCCCUGCGUCACAGCGCUUGAACAUUAACCCCGGGUGGCGGCGAGGUGGCCCUGGCAGCACGGCUCCCGGCACCCCAGGAGCACCCAGGAUGAUGAGGGGGCUCCGUGCCCGCUACCACCUCCUGCCCGACCAGGACGAGGACCUGCCCGUGGGCUGCGUGGAGCCGGACGGCGAGGGGCGGCCAGGCUGGGAGGGGGCCCCAGCUGCAGGCGCGGCGCCGGAGGAGCCGUGUGGGCUGGUGCUGAGCACACCGAGCCGCGUCCUGCGGGACAGGGACACCAAGGAGCUGGGACCCCACCUGCCCCCCCGGCUGCAGCAGCAGCCCUGGAGCCUGCUGUACUGCACCGCACGGGACGGCUUCAGCCUGAGGACCCUGUACCGGCGUGCCGGCCCCCUCAGCUCCCCUGCACUGCUGCUCAUCCGAGACACCGAUGCACAGGCCUUCGGUGCGUUCUUCGCCACCGCCAUUCACAUGAGCAACAAGUUUUACGGCACAGGGGAAACGUUUCUCUUCUCUUUCUCCCCAGAGCUGAAGGUGUUCAGGUGGACGGGCAGGAACAACUUCUUCGUGAAGGGAGACGUGGACCUGCUGAUGGUCGGCGGGGGCAGCGGCAGGUUUGGGCUGUGGCUGGACGGGGACCUGCACCACGGGGGCAGCCACCCCUGCGAGACGUUCAACAACGAGAGCCUCUCACCGCGAGGGGAUUUCUGCGUCCAGGACCUGGAGGUGUGGGGCCUGGCCUGACUGAUGGACACCGCUGCCAGGGGAAGAGCCUGAACUGAUGGCUCACGGGGCCAGCCGCCUCCAGCGCCCAUCGGGACAGUGCUGGGGGAAGGCCACAGCUGCCUCCUGCUCCCCAGCCCUGCAAAUGUCCCCACCACACGCACCCGGUGAAGGGUGAGGGGACAGAGCCCUGCAGGAGGCCAGCCCCACAGUGCUGCUGCCACGCCAGCUCUGCCGGUAGCACCUGAGGACCUGGCCUGGCAGGGAUGGGGCAUAGCCUCCCCACGAGGCCAGAUGAAGCAGCAGACUGAGAGCAGCGUGCUGCCCGCAGGACCAAGCAGCUGGGACAGCCUCUGCCCUGCUGGCCGCUGCCAUAGGGCUGGUGGCACCAGGGCAGGUGUGUGAGUGGGUGCUGAUCAUCAAUAAAUGGGAAAAGCCAUGCUCCAA